AUGAAUCGAAUCCAUUUUUCUAUGCUUUUCCUUGCCAUGUGCUCGGGGCUUUCGGAGGUUUUCUGUUCACCCUCCACCCCUGCUCCGCGCAAGGUGGCUGCGAAAUCCCGGCAGGUCUCGCAAUGCACACCGAUGUCCGAGACUUUCCAAUCCCCCAGAUUACCCCCUUCCUGGGUUCAACUCUCCACCAAUCCCCAGGCUCACAGAAUGAACCCCGGCGGUGGUGUCAAUCUCGCACUCAACCCACCCGCGGGACCCGUUUUGCAGUCCGCCAAUGGCAGGACAAACGACAAGUUGGGCGACGGUUCGACCCUCAACUCCACUUAUUCUUUCUUAUACGGCAAAGUUUCCCUCACCGUUGCCGCCUCCGACGUACCCGGUGCCGUUGUGGCACUUGUCCUUUUCGGCACCACCACUGCGGACGAGAUUGAUAUUGAGAUCCUCGGCGGGGAUGCCAAGCACUGGCAAACCAAUGUUUUCCGUCCUGCCCCAGGAGAGACCGAGCCGCUCUACGGCGUCUUUGGCGGUGUCCACAAUUACGCUAACGGUGGAAGCACUGGGGGCGUGCACACCUACACAGUAGACUGGAGUCCUAAUGGGAUCACUUGGCUAGUUGAUGGACGUCCGGUGAGGACCUUGACUCCCGAUCAGACUCUUCACAACGGCCAACGCCACUUCCCCUCAGCCCGCUCGCGUAUCCAACUCGGAUUGUGGGAUGCAAGCAGCCCCGAAGGUACCAGUGACUGGGCACAUGGACCCGUGCCAUGGGCCAAACGUCAACGAAAGCCGGUCACUGCCUUAAUCAAGUCGAUCAAAGUGGAAUGCCCAUACUAG